AUGACCUCACACUUGAUCUGCUGGAAAACUUUACAACUUUACGAAGGGAGCAGACAAAUUUCGAACAAUCUACAUAGAAUAUCUGAAGGUUGUGCUCAAAGCAAAAUGUUGAUUUUAAAAUUAAUUUCUCCACGAGAAUUAGAUAAAAACGCUUCAUUAACAAUCCAAAGCUUGAACAAGACUGAUCGACAACGUAUGAAACGUGGAGAAAAAAUGAGCGAACAAAACGAACCAGCAAACGAAAAUUUCUCUCUAAAUAAUGUAACAUCGGCAUUAUUUCGAUUUUGUAUACCUCUGAUUGACUACAGUGAUGAACAAAUUCGCAAACCGUAA